AUGUUGAAAAGUCUUUUGGUUGGAACAGUGGUGCUUUUGUUGAUUGAAUCUAUAAAAGCUUCCUGCGUUAUGCAGGGUGUCUGUGGCAAGUCAACUCAACACGUUUGCUUUCCUGGAAAUGUUCCUACGGUGAAACUUACUGAUGAUGUUUCUUCUUACUGUACACAAUUUAAAGAAGGUAGUGAUGGUUGCUGUACUACUGAGCAGAUUGAGAUGCUUAGCCGCGGCCUAAAGAAAGUCGGGUUUUAUUUUGGCAGGCGCAGUAAGUGUUUUCAGUUAAUGAAGGAAUUAUUCUGCAACUUUCAUUGUCGCGAAGAUCAGAGCAAAGUUAUUUAUGACAUUGUGCCAAAUUCGGAUAACUCUGCAGUGAGUAUGACUGUUGAAAUGAAAGAUAAAGAAGCACAAGAUUUGUUUGACGCCUGCAAGGAUAUCAAAUUUCUCUCCGUUCGGGUUGCAAAUAGAGUUUGCAUGAGAAAACCCUGUGAUUAUCGAGAGUUUAUUCGCAGUCUUGGCACCUCAAAAGCAAAUGGUGGAAGAGCACCCAUGCAGAUAAAUUUCAAACUACUUUAA